AUGGAAAAACCAAUGUACGAAUACGAAAAGUUAAAAGUUUUUAAAAUGUAUAAAACAGUUAAAGACUCUUUAAACGUGGAGUUUCUCCAAGUGUAUAGCUACGGUAAUAAAAGGCCAGCACUCUACCGGGAGCCAAACCCAAGUAGUCUAUUAGUCUUGCGACCGUCUCUCGCGCUGCAUUUACUUGGGGUAGCCACAGUUGCAUUCAUAUCACAAUAA